CCUCCCUGAACGCAUCAGCAGCGCUAACGGAGGAUCCGUCGUCUACAGAGGGGGGACACCUAAAACUGACAAGGGCGGAAAACAGCCAACCGUGCAGAAAAGAAAGAAGGAAAAACCACGACAGAACCAGAACCGAGGAGCAGUCCGGCUGUAGACCCCUCUGGACCCGGUGACCCAGCAGACCAUGCCCGCCCCCCUGGAGCUGCAGGCCGGCGGCUCAGAGAGGUUUUGUUAGCGGGGGGAAAGAGCAGAUGGAGCUCCAGGCCUCUCUCGGUGUUUUUCCACGGAUGAAGAACAAGGCCCCGCUGACAGGAGGCAGGAGGGACCCCGGGACCACGGCUCACUCCCCGCUACAUGCUCUCUCUCUGCUCCCCCCGAGGUUCUGAGCUUCUCUGCCGGACAGACUUUUGGAUGUUUGGAGGCUGUCCACCAGAAGACACCGGGUGUCGGCGGAGAAAACAGACUGUUUCCCCCUCCACGUCCACGGUCCAGCUGGGAGCUCCAGACGUGUGGAUCAUCCUGGCUGUCGAAGAACUCCACGCAGGGACAGAAGAGCCGUGAAGCAAUGAUUCCUCCUCCUCUGAACUAACGGACACACUCCUCUUCACGGGACUGCUGACCUGACUUUGAAACUCGACGUACGGUUAUGGAACACUUGAAAGAAACACUACAGACUCAGUUUUUUAGUAUAGUUUGGUUUAUUGCCUAUUUAUGAUCCUUUUUUUAUGACUCCCCUCAGAAGCACUUGAAGGCUUCACCCUUUAAUGGAGAGUAUUAGUGAAAUGUUUAUGUGAUUAAAGACAAGCAUCGGCUUUGGUGGAUUAUUGCUACUCCUUGGAAGUUUUGGGGGGUAGAACUCCCUGCAGGACUACCUCUGCACACCUUGUUGGCUUACACAAAGGGCUCACCGCUGUUUUUCGGCGUUUGUAGACUUAGUGCACGAGGCAGUUGUGGCUUCGUGACACUUUGCCUCAGCUGCAUUGGAAGAUGUUCCAGUUCAGCAAGUACCCCAUGGACAUUCUAGAAAUGCUAAGUGGGCACCAAGCCCACCAGUUCAAAGGCCUUGGAUUGGAGCGGCAGUUGAGCCAUCAACAGCAGGUUCAACUGCAGCAUCAGCAGCAGCUCCAGCAGCAGCACCAGCCCUCCGCCGACACCUCUGGGAGCCUCCUGUCCGGCCUCGGACUGGGAUCCCUCCAGAGUUCGCGGAGCAAUGCCUUUGCUGACUCCUCGUCGUUAUUCGCCAAAAUGAGCGCCCCUCCUCCUUCCAUCUCCCACCAGAGCCAGUCGUCUUCCUCUCACAGCUCGAGGAAGUCCAGUAAGAUGAGUAGCAGCAGCGGGAGUGGGAGUUCCUCGUCGGGGUACCCUCAGUUCCUGCGGCCUUUUCACCCGGCUGAGGCUGCGCUGGCUCAGGAGCAGCUUCACUCCGGGAUGGGACGGUUUGACUUCGGCGGGGGCGGCAGCGGAGGGGUCGUCGCACCCGCGCCGCCUCCUCCGCUUCAUCCUGGUCUCUCUGUUCCCCAGCCUUCACCUGGUCAACCAUCUUCUUCGCCUUCUUCUUCCACCUCUGCUUCAGCCUCUAACAACCCCUCCGGCAGCACUGCAGUCCCCUUAGUCGGCCAGUCCGACCCCCGCAGCCUCCACCAGCAGUUCAGCUGCAUGCUCGCUGCUAACCAGUACUUCCUCUCGGGCGUGCCCACCAACAGCAGUCUGGAGCAGUUCCUCGUCCAGCAGGGCACACACAAUCACCUGGGCUUGGGUCUGGGCCAGGGAUCUUCCGAGUCAAACUCGGCCCUCGCCCCUCCUCCCGCCCUCCACUCCUCCCACAGCCACAGCCACGCAGCUCCACAGCCUCAGCAGCAGCAACAACAGCUGACUCCUCAUGCCUUAUCUCAUCCACACAGCCACACUCACCACCCGCACCCUCUCCACCCGGCCCCCCAGCCGGCCCCACUGGGUGGCUUUGAUUUCCAAGGCAUUCCAGUGCUAUCCUCUAACCAGAUAGCAUCGCUAAUGCAGCAAGAGGCCGGCCUCCCCCUCCCCCUCCCCCUGCACCUGUCCCUCUCUAAAGACGAUUCAGCAAAGGGAGGAGACAGCUCGUCUACGUCGCAUUCAAGUGGAGGGAGCAGGAGAAAGAAAGCGAUGGCGGGCUACCUUCCUCAGAGGAAAUCAGAAAGUAGCAGCCACAGUCACAGCAGUCACAGCCACAGCAGCAGCAGUGUUAGCAACUGCCAUAACAGCAGCUCAAGUGGGCACAGUCAGAGCUCCUCAUCGGGCCUCGUGGGAGGAGGAUCCGGGGGUGUCGGGAUAAGUGGCAUCGGAAGUGAGCCACCGCAUUCCUCUCUCCUCUCAUCAUCCUCCCAGCAGUCAUCCUCCACUGUCUCCUCUUCCUCAUCUGCCCCUUCCUCUAACUCCACGUCUGUGCUCGUAGCAAAUGGCAACCAACAUAAAUCACAAGAGGGCCACAGUAACAGCUCAUCAGGCCAGCCCGAACCUGAGCCCCUCUACCACUGUGGUGAGUGUGGUAAAACUUUCACCCACCUCUCGAGCCUCAGAAGGCAUCUACGCAGCCACGGCCUGACACCAGAAAGCCAAAGUAGAAAACUGGACUGUAACUCCCCGAGCCCUGAGAGGGUAUUCUGCUGUGGCGAGUGUGGGAAGAGAUUUAAAAAGAGGGGUCACCUCAUCCAACACAGCGUCACCCACUCAGAAAACCGGCCUUUUGUCUGCAACGUCUGCCAAAAGUCUUUCAACCGUCGAGAAUCGCUCACGAGGCACGAGAAGAUUCACGACGAAAAGCCUUUCCGGUGUCCCGCGUGCGGACGUUGUUUCCGAGAGAGCACCUCCCUCCUCAACCACGCGGCUUCGGGUGCCUGCGGGAAACCUCCCCGGAGCUCGAAAAACCGGCCAAACAGCGGCGGGGGUGGCUCGUCGAACCCAAGCAGUAGUAAAAUGAGAAGCAGUGGAGACACGGUGGGGAUUUCAAACGAUGGUGCAGCAAUGGCGAAUGACAAAUAUGCAACAGAUUACUCCAGAAAUCGCUACCCGAAUCAGUCGGGCUACAGCAGCGGGGUUGACGAUUACAGACGGUCACAGCCCUCGUCUCUGUACCCCUCAGAAAGCACGCUAGCCGGUGAAAUGAACAACCAGACCCUCCGUAAAGCCCCUUUAGCCCCAACCCUUCAUCCCCACCCACAGAAUCAGCACCACCACCACCAACCUCAACCUCAGCCACAACCGCAGCCUCACCUCCCCCUCUCUUCUUUAUUGGAUGACUCAGAGGAUGAGGUCACCAGCAGCGCGAUGUCAGCCAUUGCUGCUGCAGCCGCCGCCUCCUGUGAUUUAAACACAGAAAACCGGGAUGGAGAAAGGAGGGACAUCAUCGGAGGUCUGCUGGGGGGGUUGGGGUUUGGUAACUUAGGUGGACCGUCGUCCACUUCAAGCCUCAACGGGUCCACCAUGCCUUUGACCCACCCCAGCCAGCCACACAUGAAAACCAAGAGGCCGAGAAAGCCGAGAGAAAAAAGGGACCCAAACAACAUUGUGAGGCGGAGAAGGAGUCCCGCGCCACCGGGGGACGGAUCGGAGAGACCGUACGGCUGCCAGAUUUGUGGCAAACGCUUCAGAAGGGCCGAGACCUUACGGCGCCACAACCGCGUCCACACGGGAGAGAAGCCUCACUCCUGCGAUGUCUGCGGCAAAAUGUUCCGAGAGCCUUUCCACCUCACCAAGCACCUGACCGUGCAUUCUGGUCAAAAGAACUACAAGUGCAAUCUGUGCGGGAAGAUGUUUGCUUACGCACAGAGUCUGGUGAGACAUGGGAAGCUGCACAGAAGAGGAGAGAUCGACAGCCAGGGGAGGAGAAUUAAAGGUGCUGCUGCUGCUGCGGCCGCCGCCGCUGCCGCCAUCAGUCAGGUGCCCAACUCGGCAAACUCUAACUACUUCUCUUCCUGCUCUCAAGGAGAGAAGUCUCCAACACGUGGCACUCCCUCUCAGAGGCUUUAUACCUGUACAGUGUGCUGGAAAUCUUUCCGCCACUACUUCCACCUGACAGCACACCAACAGACGGUCCACGGCGGCAGUGUGGGGCUUGAGAAGUCCUUUCGUUGUGAAGUGUGUGGAAAAGCCUUCGCCUACUCCAACAGCUUGGUGCGCCACAAGCUGUCUCAGCACGGCAUCGACCGCAGCGGCCAGCGAGUCAACCAGAGCCAGCCCUCUGGAUUCUCACCACUGUUCUAUGAUUCUGGAUCGGGAUCGAACUACACCGGAGGGACUCACAUGCAGCCAGGAGCCACUGGGCAACAUCAGCAGCAGCCACCACAGCAACAACAACAACAACAGCAGCAGCAGCAGCAGCUGCAGCACCCUUUUCAGUACCGCUCAAAAAACUUCCAAAAGCGGCAAGGACAAACAAGAAAGCACAGAAAGAAAAAAAGAGUGGUGAUCCACAGCAUCAUGAGAGAUGGAAAGCUCGUAGGCGUUCCUCUGAGUAAAGAUACUCGAAAGAAGCUCAUACUUCUGAGGAGGAAGAGGGGCAAACUGCAGGCCCAGGUCAACAAAAAGAAGCUCCUGGCCCAGUUGAGGGUAAAGGGUGGACUCAUGAGGGUGAAGUCGUGGACCGGCGGUGCUGUAAAGGUCGCAGGGCUCACCUCAAUGGACAUCCCGAUCAAGCGCUUCCCCUGCCCCAUCUGCCCCAGCGCCACCUACGCAAAGCAGGGUUCUCUGUUGGUCCACUACGCUAUGAAGCACCCUCCUAAAAACUCAGGGCGCCCUGCUCGACUGCGGUGCCAGGUGUGCGGAAGGCGCACGAGCUCACUACACAAAGCCUUGAAACACAGGGGCCAGCAUCUGAAACAAGCUGCAUUCCAGUGCCACAAAUGCCGACACCGUUUCUGGAGCCCGGGACUGCUGACCCGGCACAAGUUCUCCUGCCGGGGGUUGACAACCGGCAGCGGGAGUGGAAACUGGGCACUGAUGAAGAUGAAAUCUCCACAGAGUCAGACAGAAAGUGACCAUUCACCGAGCCAGCUAACGGUCCCAGUCUCGGUCCCGGUUCCAGUUCCGGUUCCGGUUCUGGUUCAGCCUGAGAGAUCAACAGUCCUGACUGAGUACAGUCAGUAAAAAAACAAACAAACAAACAAACAAAAAAAAAAAAACAGUUUUCUAGAAUAGAUUGUUUUUAUGUUUAUUUUUUUUAAAUAAUCAAAGAAGCAAGAGCUAGCAAGUUUUUAACAGAACAAGAAGGGAGGAGGACGGGGAGGGUUUAGUGUAACUACCGUAAUAUCCCCAAAACCGCUCCCGGAGAAAUCGGUAAACAGUCCUAACUUACUACAGCAGAGGUGGUGGAUGAACUAGCGUGGACUUGAAAAGGCCGGAAAUCAGAACCACACUCAUUAUCCUUUUCCCUACGGUGAAGGAAAAUCUCGACCACCUGUGAGUUUUAGUAGCACCUGUUUGAGAAGAUCAUUAAUCCAGUGUCCUUUCCAUCAUAUUUUUUUAUUUUCAAUUAGCAGUGUUUGCGCAUACAUAUGGAUUUGAUGCCUAUAGUAGAAGUGAGGUACCUUUUAGUACCAGUUUAUUUUUUCAAAUUGUUCUUACAUAAUCCACUGUUGAACCGUUUAGUCCGUGUCUAUUGCUCUGUAUGUGUUUAUUUGUUAUCCCGGUGGAGAAUCUCUCACUUUUUUUAAUAUUGAGAUCAGCCCUUAAAGUAAAUUAAAAAAAAAACCCGACAUGACUGUCUCAAAAUAAAGUAAACCCGACUCUUACAAAAGUCAAGAGUCGGAUGUAUCACUAAAAGGCAAUACAAGUUGAUGUGCUUAAAGUGACUGAAAAGGUUCAAAGGUGUCGGGGAAGGAACAGAAAAGUGUUGUUGACCUUGUUUUUAAUGUACACUACUUUUGUCAUUUUUUAAAAAGAGGCGUGAACGGAAAGCAAACACGACUCAAACUGUUAAUGUGUUCAGGAUUUUAAGAGGACAACAGAAAUAACCGAGUGUACUGUAAAAUUCGUAUUAUAUUUUAUUAUAUAUUGAUUAUUUGCUGUUUUUUACUCCAAGUAUCAUUUCUUUUAUCAUUGUUGGUAUUGUACGGGCGGGAGGGAACGAGUUGGGGGACUAUCUUUGUAAAACAGCGGGAUGAGUAUAUGUAUCGAUGUGAUAUUUUUUCCCCUCCCUGUACCCCUUUUUACCCACUCCCUCAUUGCCACAGUUAUGCCCGAUUUUUGUAACAAAAGCGUGUACACAUAGUUCACUACGUAGGUCCUGUCCAGACGUGUUUUUUCUUUUUUUUUCUGUAAAACUAAAACAUGUAAUAUUAUUACUAAAUUACUAUCCUUUUCUUUGCCUAAAAGUGAGUUGUUGAAAACCCUCAAAUCAAAUAAAAAAAAAACUGAAAUGUUA